AUGCUAAGUGCUGGCGUUGUACUGCUCAGAAGAAUAGCAUCACUUCGAACGGUACAGAAAGUCACAUUUGCACAAGAGUUUUUCAAGGCAAGCACAGCAGUCAAUAGAACAUCUGGAAGAAGAAAGCCCAUACCUUCAAGAUUUACUAAGAAAUCGAAGUUGAAGCUGUCAGAGUACCUAAAAAACAUGGCUUCUCCUGAAAUUGAAGAGCAGCUUGCUCCACUGCGAAUUGCUGUGAAAGAAUAUGGAGACCUCGUACGUGAACUGAAGACAAAUGGUGCCCCAAAAAUCGAUGUUGACAAAGCGGUUAUCGAGCUAAAAGCUAGAAAGAAGAAGCUAGAAGAGAUGGAAGUUGCUUUAGCGCCGAAAGACGCUUCUUUUGAUCGUUUAAAGUUGGAAGAUUUGCUGAAGCGUCGUUUCUUCUACGACCAGUCGUUUUCGAUCUAUGGAGGAGUGACAGGAUUAUAUGACUUCGGUCCGAUGGGGUGUGCUUUGAAGGCUAAUAUGAUCCAAGAAUGGCGCAAACAUUUCAUUCUGGAGGAAGGAAUGCUUGAGGUUGACUGCACAUCCCUCACUCCGGAACCGGUCUUGAAAGCUUCCGGUCAUGUUGAUCGAUUCGCAGAUUGGAUGGUUAAGGACUUGAAAAAUGGCGAGUGCUUUCGUGCUGACCAUUUAAUCAAGAAUGCAGCAGAAAAAAUCAUAGCAGAUAAGAAGUCCGAUAAUGCGACGAAAACCGCUCUCCAAGAUGUCCUAGCUAGACUGGAGGGGUUCGAUAAUAAGGAUAUGGAUGAGGUGAUCAGAAAGUUCAACUUCAAGUCUCCAAGUACAGGAAAUGACCUCUCUUCCGCAAUUGCAUUCAAUUUGAUGUUCCCCACACAAAUUGGACCCACAGGAGAUUUCAAAGCUUACUUGCGCCCAGAGACUGCUCAGGGAAUCUUUGUCAACUUUAAACGUUUACUGGAAUUCAAUCAGGGCAAGUUGCCUUUCGCAGCCGCCCAAAUCGGUCUCGGAUUCCGUAACGAAAUCUCUCCAAGGCAAGGUUUGAUACGUGUUCGAGAAUUCACCAUGUGCGAGAUCGAGCACUUUGUGGAUCCUAGCGACAAGAGCUUCGCAAAGUUUAAGAAGGUCGAGUCCUAUCCGAUGGUGCUAUUUUCAGCCUGUAAUCAGAUGGAUGGACAACCCGCACAGACAAUGAUGAUAGGUGAUGCUGUGAAGAAGGGUGUAGUAGCGAAUGAAACACUGGGGUACUAUAUGGCAAGAACUCACAAAUAUCUUGUCAAAAUGGGAGUGGAUCCGAGAAGAUUACGGUUCCGACAACAUCUUGGGAAUGAGAUGGCUCAUUAUGCGCAGGAUUGCUGGGAUGCUGAAAUCUUGACCAGCUAUGGAUGGAUUGAGUGCGUUGGAAAUGCCGAUCGGUCUUGCUACGAUCUUAUGCAGCACUCCAGAGCCACUAACGUUAAGCUCGUUGCUGAGAAGAAAUUGUCAGAGCCGAAAACUGUUAAUGUUGUGGAGGCGAUACCUAACAUGGCAUUAUUGGGAAAAGAAUUCAAGAAGGAUGCAAAAAAGGUGCAAGUAACACUAUCCCAACUCUCUGAUGAUCAGCUAACGGCAUUAGAGAAACAGCUAGAGACGGAUGGGUCAUACAAACUCAAAAUAGAUGCUGAUGAAUUCUUAUUAGUGCCAGCAAUGGUGAGCGUGAAGCGGACUACGAAGACGGUUCACGUGGAGGAAAUCACUCCCUCUGUGAUUGAACCUUCAUUUGGAAUUGGGCGAGUUAUGUAUGCAGUGCUGGAGCAUUCAUUCAGACAACGAGAAGGAGAUGAACAGAGAACGUUCCUAGCUCUACGACCGCUAGUAGCGCCAAUCAAAUGUUCAGUUCUGCCAAUAUCUGCCAACGAGAGGUUGAAUCCAAUUAUCGAAGCUGUGCGAGAAGAAUUGGCUCGCUAUGAUCUUAGCUAUCGCGUGGAUGACAGUGCUGGAUCGAUUGGUCGUCGUUACGCGCGGACUGACGAGAUUGGAAUUCCAUUUGGUGUCACUGUAGACUUCGAAUCUGAGAAGUUACCAUGGACGGUAACCUUGCGACACGCCGAGAGUAUGGAACAGAUCAGGCUAGAUCUGACGGAGGUGGGAUCUGUUGUGCAUGCGUUAGUCACUGAAAGGAUGGAAUGGACGGAAGCUCGGCAGAAAUAUCCUAAAUUUGAAGUAAAAAAUGAGUAG